AUGAGUUUCACGGUAGAGCACCACUUCUACGGCCCGGGCUCCUACCGCAAGGCUCGGCCAGCCUCUGUGUCUUCUAGCGGCUUCCACUCCCAGCGCCGCCGCCUGACCUACAGCCAGCCGUCCUCCGUGGACAGCCUGGAGACCUUCAAUGGAGACAUGACACGGAGGAACGAGAAGGAGAUCCUGCAGACUCUAAAUGACCGGUUCGCGGGCUACAUCGACAAGGUGCGCAACCUGGAGAUGCACAACCGCAACCUUGAGGCGGAAGCGGCGGCUCUGCGGCAAAACCAAGCCGGACGCUCCUCUGUAGGGGAGCACUAUGAGCGGGAGCUGGGCGACCUGAGAGAUCUCCUGCAGCAGCUAACAGCCGACAAGGCCCGCACGGCCUUGGAGCACGAGCACCUGGAGGAGGACAUCCAGCAGCUGCGCGCAAGGCUGGAGGAUGAAGCGCGGAACCGGGAGGAGUUGGAGGCUGCAGCCCGUACUAUGAAGAAGUAUGUGGAGGAGUGCAGACUGGCGCGAAUGGAGCUGGACAAGAAGCUCCGAGCCCUGGAAGAAGAAGAUGCUUUCCUGAAGAAAAACCACGAGGAAGAAGUGGAGGAGCUCCUCGCGCAGAUUCAGGGCGCGCAGGUGAGCUUUGACAUGCGAGACCCGCACAAGACGGACGUGACCGGAGCUCUGCGAGAAAUCCGCGCGCAGCUGGAUGGUCACGCAACCAGGAGCUCAACGCACACGGAGGAAUGGUUCAAAGGUGAGUGAGAAUAUCAGGAAUUGGAUUGUUUAUGAUUUUGGGGGGGUUUCACUGUAAAAUGUCCGAGUGCAAUGAUGCGUCUGUUCUCUGUCCAUGGUGCUGAAAGCUCAAAGUCACACCCCUUCUGGGAUUUUUAUUUUCUGGUGUAAUAACUUUAUUUAUUUUGAACACAAUAAUUGACAUUCUGAAGGUUCUGUUACCAUCUAGUUACCUAAAAAAGAGACCAAAUUCUAACUCUGAAGGAAUAAGAUUUGUAAAAAUAUCAAUCCCUGGGUGCGCCUGUCUGCAGGGACACGGUUGCCGCAGAAAAGGGAUUUUUCAUGAAGGCCAGGACUGCAGGAGUGAGAUGGCACACAGUGAGGAUAUCGUGAUUCAUUUGCACUUGCAGAGGGGAGCUGUUGCUGUGUCCUUGCCUGCCCCCUCUGUCCCCACUAACCCUGAAACUUAACAAGUAGGAACAAAAAUACAAUUUCAGGGCUACUUUUUGUAGAGGACAGAAGUACAGGCGAGCCAAAUGCUUUCUCACUGAGCUCGUGUUUUUAUUGCCCUCUAGUCUGAUGUAGUUGCUGGGGUUAUGUGGGGACAUGGAAAUAAGCUAUAGAGGCAGAUAGGAUGCAGAGACUUAUAGGAGCUAGGCCGUUACUAAGACAUCAUCUUGUUUUAAUCCUCCUCUUAGAUUUAUAGUAAGAAGAUGCAAAAUCACCCACUGACAGCUGCUGACUUUAGUGCUUCCACACCAAUAAACAAUUAUCUGCUUUAAAGGCCUAGAGGGUUUUAUCCAUACAGUGGCUCAGCUGCAUGUCACAGAUCUUAAUGAGCUAUAGAUUGACCCUCGCUGAACAUCUGCAUGCUGACUUGAUUCAGGCAGUUAAAGGUACAAACAAAAUGACCUUCUGUGUGCUGUCCAGCUGACUGCAGCAGUGUGGCUCAUUCAUGCUUUUAUCAGGCGAAGAGCUGAGUCAGACCACUGACUGACAGAUGGCCACUGUCAAGGUUAGCAGGGCUCCCUAUGGUGACUGUCUGCUUUUCUGAGACCCAGUGGACAGAUGAAUGAAAGAAAACAAAAGUCAAACUGUUUCAUGAAAGAUUGGGUACACAUAUUUACUUUCUCUUAUUCCUGUAGUGCGUAUGGAGCGUCUCUCCGAAGCGGCUAAGUCAAACCAGGAUGCGAUUCGUGGAAGCCAGGAGGAGAUCGCAGAGUACCGCCGUCAGCUCCAGAGCCGCACCAUCGAGCUGGAGACCCUCAGGGGAACCAAGGAUUCCUUGGAGAGGCAGCGCAUGGAGUGCGAAGAUAGACACCAUGAUGACCUCAACUCAUUACAGGCAGGACAUCAACACAAACAUCUUCCUCAUCACUCAUAUCUAUAAAUAUAUUUAUAUUUUCUUGCUGUCAUCAGGAUGUUUGACCUGUUGGACUGUGCUUUAUUCAUUUUGUAGGAGACAAUCAAUCAGCUGGACAAUGAGCUGAAAACCACCAAAUGGGAGAUGGCAAGCCAGCUGAGAGACUACCAAGAGCUGCUGAACGUCAAGAUGGCUCUUGAUAUUGAGAUUGCUGCUUACAGGUUUGUCAGAGUUUUACAGCACAUGUGUUUAGAGCGGUUUCUUCUUAUAGAAUAAAAACUUUGACUGACGAUGUGUCUUCUUGUUGAAACAGGAAGUUACUGGAAGGAGAAGAGAAUCGCUUUGUGUCAGGAGGAAGCCCUUACUCCUACCUGGAGAGCAGACUCUCAGGACACUACAAAGUAAAAGGAGAGGAGAUCUCAGACACCGUCAUCGUGGAGGAGCAGACCGAUGAGACCCAGGUGACUGAGGUGACCGAGGAGGCAGACGAGGAGGAAGAGGAGGAGGAGAAGAAAGAAAAUGAGGAGGAUGAGGAGGAAGGUGAGGAAACAAAAGGAGAGGAAGAAGGUGAGGAGGAAGAGAAUAAAGAGGAAGAAGAAGGAGAAGAAGAGAAGGAGGAAGAAAAGGGGGAUAAGGAGGGAGGAGAAGAGGAGGCAGGUGAGGAGGAAGAGGAGGCUGGUGAGGAGGAGGAGGAAAAGCCCAAAUCUCCUGAAAAAGUUGCAUCUCCACCAUCAAAAUCCCCUCAGCCCAAAUCUCCUGCUGUCAAAUCACCUCAAAAAUCACCAGAGUCUAAAUCACCAGCAGCCAAAUCCCCAAUGCCUAAAUCCCCCGCUAAGUCACCUGCGGUCAAAUCUCCUACAGGAGAGGAGUCAAAGUCUCCUGCACCCAAAUCACCUGAGUCUAAAUCUCCUCGACCCAAAACCCCUGAACCAAAGUCUCCUGAAAAGGAUAAGGCUAAGCCUGCUGCAGCCAAAGACACCCCCAAAGAGGAGGAGAAGGAGCCAGUCAAAGUAGAGAAGGAGAAAGAGCAACCUGUGAAGGAGGACAAGAAAAAAGAGCCCAAGGAGAAGGAACCAGAGAAGUCUGACAAACCUGGUACAAAGAAAGACACCAAGACUGAAGACACUCCAAAACCUGUUACUCCCAGUAAGCCUGCAGAAGACAAACCUGCCCCCAAGGCUGAACCCAAAGAGAGCGCUCCCCCUGCCAAGGAGGAGAAAGCAUCUGCUCCCAAAUCAGAAAAGGUAGAGCCCGAGGUAAAGCCUGCCUCUAAACCACAGCCUGAGAAAACAGAGAGCAAGAAAGAGGAGAAGAAACCAGAGGAGAAGGCUGCACCUAAAGCUGAACCUGAGAAAGCAGAGAGCAAGAAAGAAGAGAAGAAGCCCGAGGAGAAGAAAGAGGCCAGUAAAGAGGAGAGUAAGGAGUCCAAAGAAGGAGGGAAGGCAGAGAAAUCUUCUGGCACUGAGUCUAAGGAGAGCAAGGAGGAGAAAGGCAAGAAAUAA